AGAUAACAUCUUUUAAUCAAAACGGAACGUGAAUGCCAUUAAUUAACACUAUAUACUCACUUUGAACAUGAGGCCACACCGCUCUCAUUCAUUCAACUCACAGUUCUAUACCAAUUUGUGUUCACAAUUCAAGAUAUCUUCAAAACAAUCAAAGAAAAAAAAAUGGAAAAAAAGUAAAUGAAGAGUCGGAUCAUACCUCCAAGUUUUGAUCCAAAAUGAAGGAGUUAUCCUUCUUUCUCUUCAAGAACUCUCUGGCUGCAAAGAUGAGAAAAGGCUUCAGAACUUUCUGCAAUGGCGAUGGCUCCACCUCCACGCUCAACCAACACAAAACCAACCAGGAUCCCUUCCCUGCCUCGCCCGACAUGUCAUGCACACAAAACCAACCAACCUUGGAGGAGAUGAUUAUUCAGCUGGAGCUGGAGGAGGAGACGGCAAGAAGGACUAAACUCUGCAACUACAAUGAGAUGCGAGGCAGGAUGUCGUGCGUAAACAACUCGGAUAUCUUACGCUCUGCACGGAAUGCCUUGAAUCAGUACCCUCGGUUUUCCCUCGAUGGAAAGGAUGCAAUGUAUCGAUCUUCAUUUAGGGAUGCUGCUGAAAAGGGUGGGAGGAAAUCAGUUUGCUGUGAGUAUGCUCUCAGAGGGAGAAUUCAUGAGAACGAGUUCAAUUUGACGUUAGAAACAGCCUUGCGGUUGCCAUCGACGAUAGCUGGAGAGAGUGUCGUGUGGCGCAAACCAGGAGUUGUAGCCAAGUUGAUGGGUCUCGAGGCGAUGCCGACGCCGGUGAAUGCUGAAUGUGGCGCAGCGAAGUUGAGCUCUAUUUUGAAGAAACAGAGUCUAAGGAAGAGAGCUGGUUAUAAGAGGCAUGAAAAGGAGAGGAGAUUUUGCAUGGACUAUUCGGGUUCUGAUGGCACUAUAACUGGCAGGCUAAGCUCUUGCAGUUCAAACAAUGGGCGCUAUAUUGUGAAGCCAAUUGCGACAGAAUCAGCAGCAUGGAAAGCCAGGCAUUUUCUAUAGGUCUUCACUUUUUGAUCUUACUUUCUUUUUCCCUCCUUUCAUUACAUGUCCUCCAAAUAAAGGCUAAGAUACAGAUGGGACGGAUAUUGAAUAGAAGAACAGUGGUAGCAUCUCCAAGGCUAGCACAAAACACCUAUAAUUUCAAGGAAUCUUGCAGAGCCUUUUGCCAAUGUUUUACCUUAUUCUUAGUAGCUCUAGUUUCUUUACAUCA